GAGGAGGAUCACACACACUCCGCUGCUCUCUAACGCCUCCUCACUACACUACACUACACGGGACCAGACCAGCACCCGGCUGCUUGUUCUGGAGGAUAGAAGACGGAAAAUUACCGCGUCCAAGGAUAUAUAUAUAUAUAUUUAUAUUAAAUUCAGCCUUUUUUUGGUCGGAAGUUGGUGUUUAUUUGAUCCAGUGUGUCUCGGUGCUUGUCUAGUCCGUCCAGCCCGUAUAGCCCGUCUCUAGUCCGUCUCUAUGGCGUGUCUGGACCGCUGAUCAGUGGGAUGUAGCGGAGGGCAAACUCACCUACAGCCGCUUUAUUUAAUUACAUUUAUUUAAUAGAAGAUAAAUAACAUAUUUAAUAAACCGCUGUUGUUUUAUCGGAGCUGAAACUCUUCUGUGAAAGUGUCUGGAGCUGUUGAACUUAUUGAUGGUGGGUUCCUUCAUGAUGACCCCGGUCCGGAGGUCGUAGCCGACACGUCUGAUUUCCCGCCACACCACCGGCCCUCAGCCCAAUGAUGACUAUGAGCUCUCUAUCGGACUCUCUGGUCCCGCCUGACCCGUCCAAGUCGGCGUUUCUGGAGUUCGGCGGCCACGGCUACCCGGGCCACCAGCAGCCGUCCCCCGGCCUGGCCCACAACCACUACCCGGUCCACGGGCUGCACGCCGUCGGCCCGUCGCAGCACGACGGGCCCUUCUCCUCCGGGGCGUCCUCGUACGGUCGCCCGCUCGGCUACCCGCCCUACCACGGUACCGUGAGCGCGCACCACCCCGGGGCUUACCUGCCCUAUCAGCACGGGGGGCACGGGGGCGCGCUGGGACACACCAGGCUGGAGGAGGCGGAACACGAGAAGCCAACGACGGUGAUCGAGAACGGGGAGGUGAGGCUGAACGGGAAGGGGAAGAAAAUCAGGAAGCCUCGGACCAUUUACUCCAGCCUGCAGCUCCAGGCCCUCAACCAGCGCUUCCAGCAGACCCAGUACCUCGCCCUGCCCGAGAGGGCCGACCUGGCGGCCAAACUGGGCCUGACGCAGACCCAGGUGAAAAUAUGGUUCCAAAACAAGCGAUCCAAAUACAAGAAGAUCAUGAAGAACGGGCCCUGUGGACCUGAGGGAGACCACCUCGCCCCCCCGCCGCCGUCCUCCUCUUCUCCCUGCUCUCUGUGGGACAUCAGCAUGGCCGCCAAAGGCGCGCCGGUGCACUCUGGAGGAUACAUGAACAAUUUUGCUCACUGGUACCCGGGACACCAGCAGGACUCCAUGCCGAGGACUCAGAUGAUGUGACAGUCAGGAGGACACAACAACACUUCCAGGACAAAUUAUGGAUUUAUACCAGCAAGCUGACUGGAGCUGUUAGGGACACGGACGUUGUGAAGAGUCUGAGCCACUCUGGAGGCAAAAAUGAUACAGCUGGCAGUGAUCAAUUGUAGUGUACGGAUACUGUGGCUUUCCUUUAAGCUGGAGAGGCAAAGGGAAAGAGAUAUAAAAUAUAAAAUUAUAGCCAUGACUAUGCAAGGCUGUAGCCAAGGCGUUCUCACUCCCGACUCUUCAAAUACGGCACUUUGAUCAGUGGUGCCACGCGUCAAACUAUGAUGCUCCACAUACCCCUUUAGCGUCAGUGCCACCUUUAGUGGCCCUAAUUAUGAGAGGGUUUUGGUGACCUGUAGAAAGGCAAAUAAACAACACAAAAAUGUGAAAUACUCGCCUGCCAAUAUUUGGGAUAGAAGGAAGGAAGGAGUGGAUCAACCUUGUUCCGUAAAAAAAGUUCCGAUGCUUUUUCACCGCGUAAUAUUUGGUGUACUGUGUGAAAGUACUCAUCACAAAAAUAACAGUUAAAAAAUAUAUUGACGUGCACGGAAAAAAAAUGUCCCAGUGUGUAAAGGCCUUAAAGAGCGUCAAAGUCUGCGCAGGGAGGAGGUAGGGAUAGAAGUCGUCAACCAACUUAUUGUGUGUGAAACUGACUUAUUUUAACUUACGCAGCGUACUUAAUUUACGUACGUAACUUAGCUUACCUACGUAAGUUAAGUUCCGUACGUAAACUAAAUUACGUACGGAACUUAACUUACGUAGGGAACUUAACUUACGUAUGCAACUUAGCUUACGUAUGUAACCUAUGUACGUAACUUAGCUUACGUACGUAACUUUAUUUACGUACGUAACUUAGCUUACGUACGUAACUUAUCUUACGCAUGUAACUUAUGUACAUAACUUAGCUUAUGCACGUAACUUAGCUUACGUACGUAAUUUAGCUUACGUGCUUAACUUAACUUACAGUAUGUACAUAGCUUUAUCUUAAACGUACUUAUUUUAACCCAAACCAUGAUCUUUGUCUAAACUUAAUCAAGUAGUUUUGUUGCCUAAACCUAACCUAGUCUUAACGUAGCGUAAACCACGUGUUGAAAUUUAUCGCACUACCCUGCACGUUGAAAAACGGGGUACCCAGUGUGUUAAAAAGUGACGCCAAGUGGUCCUGACCAAGGGGAGUUGAUGUGAGGAGUUGGGAGUGGGAACGUGUUGUAGAAGCAACAACCCCCCCCUGAGUGCACGGAACGGAGUAAGGGUUAGUUUAAUACUUAUGAAUUUGACUUCUCACUUUAAUACAGCCAGUCAAGUUAUUUGUGCCUCCAGAGCAGCUCAGCCUGCCAAGAUAUUUGUGAUUAAGCUACAACUCAAAUCUAGUGCCAGCCCUUCAUCUCUGAUUCUGGACAUGUCAGGGUUUUUUUCUGUCUAUUCAGUGGCUUGCGUUGGGGCGGCUACACAUGUAAAACGAAGGGUUCUUCAGGGUUUCUUCACAGUUGGUCUUUAUGGAUCUGAUUCAAAGGACCCACUUGAGAGACAGAUCAGAUUAAAGAACUAAAGAAAGGAAGAAAGUUCUUUUGACUCUGACCAUUGUGUGUGUUUUUGUAAUGCUGACAGGGUGUAACACUAUAAAGGGUCUGUGUAGCAUUUAGACCUUUAAAGAGCCAUUAUGGGACAGUUGAUCACAGCACCAACAGAGGCUCUGAUAAGGUAUAUGGAACAAGCAGCCAUUUUAUGGUACUUAUAAUCCCCUUUUUUUAAGACUAUAUGGGAAAUAGGCACUGAAUGGACACGGUUACUUCAUUGUAUCGAGUCAAAUUAUAUAUAUAUAUUUUUUCAUUGUAAUAAAAGAUAAAAGAUCAAGCCCAAAAGGAAAUGUAUUUGAAAUGUAUUAAGAAAUAUUACAACAGGUCAUUCAUAACUAUUUUUGCCCUUCACUCCAGCCAGUCAUUGUUCAGUUUUGUCCCCAGAGAGAGGAUUCUUGGAGGCUUUGGUGGUAAAUAAUGGGCUGUUAGAUGCCAUGCUACAUAACAGGGUUUAAUUAAUCGCGGUUUUACACUUCUGAUUGUGAACAUUUUACAUUUAUUCUCUUUUUAUUUUCUUAUGGAUUUAGAUAUGGUUGCUGUCAGUUUAAGUGUUUCAUUCCCAACACAUUGUUUUCUCUGCUCACCUCCUGAAAUGGGAGUUUACAGUAUAUAUAUAUAUAUAUAUAUAUAUUAGGGCUGUCAAUUGAUUAAAAUAUUUAAUCGUGAUUAAUCGCAAAUUAAUUGAUCUGUUCAAAAUGUACCUUAAAG